AUGGGUAUAGAGAAGAAAAUACAGCUCAAAAGAGAGCUUGGAUAUCUCUGGGUCACAUGCUUUUUACUUAUUAAUAUAAUUGGUGCAGGAAUUUUUGUGUCCCCCAAAGGGGUGCUGCAGUACUCUUGCAUGAAUAUAGGGGUCUCCCUGUGUAUUUGGGCUGUCUGUGCUGUAUUAUCCAUGACAAGCACUCUGUGCUCUGCAGAGAUAGGUACAGCCUUCCCGUACUGUGAUGCUUACUACCACUUUCUCAAGAGAUGCUACGGCCCUUCCAUUGCUUUCCUGAGACUUUGGACAUCCUUGUUUACACGGCCAGGGAUAAUUGCUAGCCACGCCCUGCUGCUUGCUGAGUAUGGCAUCCAGCCUUUUUACCACAACUGCUCUGCCCCAAGUCUACCAAAGAAAUGUCUGGCCCUGGCCAUAUUGUGGAUUGUGGGGUUUCUGAAUUGUCGUGGUGUGAAAAAGGUGACUUGGCUUCAGACCAUUAGCACAGUGCUGAAACUGACCAUACUCUGCCUCAUUUCCCUGACCGGGUUGCUCAUGCUGGUGAGAGGAGAGGAGAAGCACGUGGCAAGGCUUCGGAAUGCUUUUGAUGCUGAGUUUCCAGAUGCCUCCCAGAUAAUACAAGCCAUCUUCCAAGGAUAUUUUGCAUUUGCAGGAGGGGGAUGCUUUACAUUUGUAGCAGGGGAACUGAGGAAACCCAAUAAGACAAUUCCCAAAAGCAUAUUUACAGCACUACCUCUGGUGACUGUGGUUUACUUACUGGCUAAUAUUUCCUACAUGACUGUUCUGACGCCAAGAGAAAUUCUCUCUUCAGAUGCUGUGGCUAUUACAUGGACUGACAGAGUCAUCCCCCAAUUAACGUGGAUUGUUCCUUUUGCGAUUUCUGCCUCAUUAUUUAGCAAUCUUAUGAUUGAUAUACUUGAAUCAUCAAGACUGAAAUACAUUGCAGGCCAACAAGGCCAACUGCCUUUGUUAUUUGGCAUGCUUAAUAUUCACUCCUCUCCAUUUAUACCUGUUCUAGAAAGUGUCAUCCUGGGAUCCAUUGCAAUUGCCUCAACAAACCUAAUUGAACUGAUAAACUAUGUUUUUUUUGUGUCUUCUGUUUGGACGAUAUUAUCAUUAGUAGGAUUACUGAAGUUGAGAUAUCAGGAGCCCAAUCUACAUAGACCUUAUAAGGUGUUUUUGCCAUUCAUAUUUGUGACACUGGCCAUCUCCCUGUGUUUGGUUUUGAUACCGUUGGUAAAGUCUCCAUCGAUGCACUAUAUCUAUGUGUUUCUCUUUGUUCUCAGUGGAUUACUGUUUUACAUACCUUUAGUAUAUUUCAAAUUGAAGUUGGUUUGGUAUGAAAAGAUGAUUUGUUACUCACAAUUGCUAUUCAAUAUUUGUAUCCCCGAUGUGUCUAAUGAGCAGGUGUCAGAGUAGGAACCUAAAAAAAUAAAUGGCCUGCUAAAAACACACCAAGUUCCAAAUAAAGAUUGGGCAUAUGAUGUAAUAUUAAUGAUGAAAUUCCCUUGAUAACUUUCUCAAAUGAAGCAAUGUAGGUAACAGUGUUGUGGAGAGUACUAGCUUUAAAAUCUGAGGCAAUCAUCAUUAUGUAUGACUAAAGCUCUGUCUUGUUUAGUAAAAAUUUUAAGUCUCAGUUUGUAUAGCUUGAUAUAUUGAUGUCUCUCCUGUUCUUCCAUUUUUUUCCUGUAUCCUCCAUUUUUUUCCUGUAUCUCAACUUUUUCUACUGAA